GUGUGUUCACCCUUUUAUCUAGUUUGUACUACUUGCGAGGUCAAAUCCUAAUAAGGCCUAAUCUGCAUUUACGUCAGGCGUUUUCUGCCGUUUCUGCUAUAUGUCCAUAACAACCAUACAUCUUUCUUAAGUAAUCAUUAAUUUCAGUUAUAUGGACCCAAAAAGAAAUAUGUUCACCCUUACAUAGGCAGAUAAGGGAAAUCCUUAGGAUAAACACAAAGUCCAGAUAAGCACCUAGAGAAUAUAGUUGUGUACAGAAAAUGUACACACAGGUUUUAUGGCGAACAUAUGGUGAACACAGAUACACACACGUCUUAAAGAGUCUUAAACAAGUUUCCAAUAGAUAAAGGUCAUCUAAAAAUGAAUUUCUUUUACAAGAGCUAACCUUGUUUGUUGUUGUUGUCUAUUCAACGUUCACAUCUAUUUCAGAUUGGUGCUACUUUGGCUGUGGUGAGCAACAUUUUACUUGAUUUUUUUUUUCUUCUUGAAAAUUCAGCUACAGUUAUUUUAUUGUUAAACAAUUACACAAUUUGAAUUAAACUUGUAAAAUUGUUAUUUUAAACUUUUAAUAAUUAGUUACUGGGGCAAUGUAUAUUCGGUACCCAGUAUGUUCUCACUGGACGACAUCUUUUAUGAAACAUAGAAAAUUAUUAUCACAUUUUUUGUCAGUUUUGGCUUAUUUUUACAGAUGAAUUCCAACAGUAAUGAUUGUAAUUACUAAACAUUAAAUUUUUAUAAUAAAAAAAAAUGUUCUUUCGCACACUAAAACAACUAUAAAUAAACUGUUCUCCUCAUUAAGUUCCUAAAGGGAUAGUUCAUCCAAAAAUGAAAAAUUCCACACUAAUUACUCUCACUCAAGGGGUCAGUAAACUAUGACAGAAUUUUCAUUUUUGGGUGAACUACACUCCCAGUAAGUGUUUUUAUUCUUCUUUAGAAAACUCUCCCUCUCACUGGGGUAAACAUUAUGCCAAAUGUAAUGGACAUAAUCAGUCUCCAAUCAACAUCGAUACACAGAAAACCAUUAAAAGUCAAGAACUGGGACCUUUUGACCUGAUAAACUUCAAUCUUCCACACACCAUGAAGAUGCUGAGGAAUAACGGACACACAGUUGAAUGUAAGCUGAAAGCAGGAGUUGUGGGAGUUCAGGGAGGAGGUCUGAAACACAAAUACACCGUCCUUCAGUUCCACUUUCACUGGGGAGGAAGAGACCCGAGGCAGCAGCCCGGCUCCGAGCACUCUCUGAACAGACACAGAUGGCCUGUCGAGAUGCACAUCGUAAGCCGCAGAACUGAUCUAAAUGAUAGUGCUGCGUCUAGAGUUCCAGACGGGUUUGCUGUGAUGGGCUUUUUCAUUGAUGGAAAAGAAAAUGUUACAUCACAAGUCUGGGAAAACUUCAUGGAGUAUCUCCAGAAAAUACCUAGAAAAGGAGACACAGUCAGAAUUACGGAUGAUAUUUCCCUCCAGCAGCUCUUAACGGGAGUUGAUCUUAGCAGGUAUUACCGUUACAGCGGCUCUCUGACCACUCCACCCUGUGAUGAAGCUGUGCAGUGGACCGUCUUCAAAGACCCGAUCAUUAUCAGCACAGAUCAGCUGCUCAGAUUCCAGACGGUUUCUUUUGGCUAUGUUUAUCGGCCGCAGCAAUCUCUGAACAAGCGCACGGUUUAUGCUUCGGCUGCUCUCGCUGCUGACGCUUCAUCUUCUGCUGUCAACACGGGAACAUCUGGGCACUACAAGAGGCGUCUGAUUGUUCCGAUCAGGAGUGGAAAAUUUGUCAUCCAUUAAAGGGGACCUAUUGUGCAAAAAUCACUUUUAUGAGUGGUUUGAACACAGUUGUGCGGUAGCAGUGUGUGAAUAUAGCCAGCCUCUAAUGGUAAAAAUGUGUUAAUUAA